GAAAGCAGUGAGCGCGGCCGUGUUUAGUAAGGGCAAAGCCUUUUCCUGUUCGCUUCACUAGUCCGCACGCAACAACGGAAGUGACAUUGUGGGCAGCAGCAGAGUGGGCCUACUUUAGAAUCAUGGCUGCUACCAGUGUAGUGGGUGUUUGUAGAAGAGUCUCAGCGUUCCUGAAGGCUGUGGGUUCCCUAGCAAAUCCUCAGGCCCCCGCUCCUUCCGGGUUUUCUCUUAGUUUGUUGCAUAAGAAUACACCACAUGUCACAUCUUUUCUCCAGUGUAAAUUACUUCACACCACGUUGUCAAGGAAAGGACUAGAAGAAUUUUUUGAUGACCCAAAGAAUUGGGGGGAAGAAAAGGUCAAAUCUGGAGCUUCAUGGACCUGCCAGCAGCUAAGAAACAAAAGUAAUGAAGACUUACAUAAACUUUGGUAUGUCCUUCUGAAGGAAAGAAACAUGCUUCUAACUUUAGAACAGGAGGCCAAGCGACAGAGAUUGCCAAUGCCAAGUCCAGAGCGGUUAGAAAAGGUUGUUGAUUCCAUGGAUGCCUUAGAUAAAGUUGUCCAAGAGAGGGAAGACGCUCUAAGGCUUCUUCAGACGGGGCAAGAAAAAGCAAGGCCUGGUGCUUGGAGAAGGGACAUCUUCGGACGAAUUAUCUGGCACAAAUUCAAGCAGUGGCCUCUACCUUGGUACCUAAAUAAAAGAUACAACAGGAAACGGUUCUUCGCAAUGCCUUAUGUGGAUCACUUUAUCAGACUGAGACUUGAGAAACAAGCUCGAAUUGAAGCAAGAAAGAAAAGUUUACAGAAAAAGAAAGAAAAAAUUCUGCAGGCAAAGUUCCCACAUCUAUCUGAAGACCGGAAGUCAAGUACUGUCUAAAAUGAGAUCCAGAAGUCCAGUUCUGAUAUUGAAGCAGUCUGGGUCCUGAUGUGAAUGUCUUUUAAGCAGCUUAUAAAAAAAAAAAAAAGCUCUUGUUCAAAUGACAUCACUUGUUCUUCUGGAUAAGUGGCAUGUUAAUUAACCCUAGAAGUGGUGCUGCUUCUACCAAAACCAGGCAUAGAGUUCAGGUUCAGUUCCUACUGAACAGGUCCUGAGCUCUAAGCAGGCUUAAUAACACCUGAUGUCUUGGUAUAAA